AUGUUUUUCUAUCACAUUAAUGGUGAAUCAUUUCCAUGUUCGAAUCGAGAACAUUCACCAUUAUGUUUUUGUCGAUCAUCUUAUCGACGUUCUUCAUCUCAAGAUUUAUUUAUUUCUAAAAUAUCUCUUUCUCAAUGUUCUACUUCAAAUUCUUCGGCUCAUUGCCGUCAUGGUCGUCUAUCACCCUCUUCAACACAUGUCACUCAACUUGUACCAAAUCUAGUUAAUUAUAGCCAUUGUUUAGAAAGUACACAGUGUCUUCAUGCACUACAUAAUAUACAACGCUGUCAACAAUGUCAAAUAAUGCCUUCAUCUUUAUCGACAGAAAAUACGUCGUAUGUCGUCAGUACAGAAAGAAGUAAUCUUCCAACAGAUUCAUGUUUUCAUAUUUGUGAAAAUGAUAAAUCAUGCGGAUUUUUAUGUUUUGAUCGACGUAUAUCAAUAACUGUAAAUUGUAGUUUUUGUCGAGGACGCAGACGAAAUGUUACAUGUCGUUGUGUUAAAGUAAAACAGUCUCGAUCAUCAUGUCUACGAUCAUCAGCCGAAACAACAACUCCACGUUGGAUGCAAAAACGUGGGUUUCCAGCUGCCGGAAUUCUCGCUCUAUUGGUUUUAGUAACUGUCUUAUUAAUUAUUGUUAUAAAACUUAUUAGUCAUCAGUUAGAAAGAUUGGCUGUCCACAAAGCUAGACUCAAUCGUCGUUCGAUAACAACAAUAACGACAUAUCGAAGUCGACAGCCAUCACCUUCGACAGCUGCGAUUAGUUUUCCAAGUACGCCUCUUAUUCCUCCUGCACAAUUAUGUCGAGAUAUUGUCACUGCUAAUACAAUGGUUGAAUUAUUAAAUGAUAAAUCACGAGAAUAUGUUGUUGACAUUCAUCAACGUACUGAUUCGGACGAAUUAGGUCCUUUUCUAUUGAAAAGAGCUUCACAAUUAAAUUCAAAGUCAAAAGAAAUAGCCAAUGUCGUUGAUCGCAAUGAAGAAGAAAAUCAAACUUGA